GGAAAUUCAACUGCCAGUCUUCUGCGGUGCGCCUGUCAUCAAUCACCUCUGACUGCAACUAGGCCUUAUAUCGAGUGGAUGAUACCCUCUACUUCUAGUUGUGCUAUUACACCGUUUUGAGAAAAGUACAGAAAAAAUGCCUCCUCAAGGGCAAACUGGUGGCUCCUGGGUCCUGUAUGAAACAGAUGCUGUGAACGUGGACACAGAGGCCCCGGUUAUCGUACCUCCAUCGGCCGAAAAAAGGGAAUGGAAGAUUGUGUGGAGAAACGUCAUCCUGAUGGGAUUGCUCCACAUCGGAGGAGUUUAUGGAGCAUAUCUCUUCCUUACUACAGCUAUGUGGCGGACGAGUUUAUUUGCUGUGUUCUUGUAUAUAUGCUCUGGUCUGGGCAUCACCGCCGGUGCGCACAGGCUAUGGGCUCACAAGUCAUACAAAGCUCGCCUGCCACUGCGACUUCUACUUACUCUCUUCAAUACCUUGGCCUUCCAAGAUGCCGUAAUUGACUGGGCCCGCGAUCAUCGGAUGCAUCACAAGUACUCCGAAACCGAUGCUGAUCCUCAUAAUGCGACUCGAGGUUUUUUCUUCUCACACGUCGGUUGGCUGCUGGUCAGGAAACACCCGCAGAUCAAAGCUAAAGGACACACUAUUGACCUGAGCGAUCUUAAGAAUGAUCCCAUUCUGCGCUUCCAAAAGAAACACUACCUGAUCCUCAUGCCUCUGGUCUGCUUCAUCCUGCCGUGCUACAUCCCGACCCUGUGGGGCGAAUCUCUAUGGAAUGCAUACUUCGUGUGCUCCAUCUUCCGUUACGUCUACGUAUUGAACGUGACCUGGCUGGUGAACUCCGCUGCCCACCUGUGGGGUGCCAAGCCUUACGAUAAGAACAUCAACCCGGUGGAAACGAAACCCGUCUCUCUCGUAGUGCUCGGCGAAGGAUUCCACAACUAUCAUCACACUUUCCCUUGGGACUACAAGACCGCUGAACUCGGAGACUACUCCCUCAACCUUACCAAAUUGUUCAUAGAUUUUAUGGCCGCUAUCGGAUGGGCAUAUGACCUCAAGACUGUAUCUUCGGACGUUAUCCAGAAACGCGUGAAGAGGACCGGUGACGGUAGCCACGCGGUGUGGGGCUGGGACGACCAUGAGGUACACCAGGAGGACAAGGAAUUAGCUGCAAUUAUUAACCCAGACAAGACUGAAUAAUCCAACCAGCCGUUUGAUCAAACUUCAUUAGAUUGAAGGGUGUAUUUGUAUUAUACCAAAUGUGAGGGAAAUGUGAUACCACUAAUAUUAUUUAUUUUAUUUAUAAUUCGCAUUGAUAAUGGUUAUCAAGACUUUUAGAUUUAAUUCUUAGAUAUUAAACAAAUGAUGCCCAUCUGUUUUUCGUAGACAGAAUACAAUAAAUAAUCAUAAAAAAAA